AUGCUCAGAGACACGAUGAAGUCCUGGAGUGACAGCCAGUCAGACCUCUACAGCAGUGACCAGGAGGAGGAAGAACAGAUGAUUUUUGGAGAAAAUGAAGAUGAUUUGGAAGAGAUGAUGGAUUUAAGUGACUUGCCUACCUCACUCUUUGCUUGCAGUGUUCCUGAAGCUGUGUUUGAGGUGCAGGAAGAAAAGGAAAGAUUUGAAGCACUUUUCACAGUCUACGAUAACCAAGUUACAUUCCAGUUGUUUAAAAGUUUUAGAAGAGUGAGGAUAAACUUCGGCAAUCCAGAGGCAGCAGCAAGAGCACGGAUAGAACUGCACGAGACUGACUUCAAUGGAAAAAAGCUGAAGCUGUACUUUGCACAGGCGCAGGUAUCCAGUGAAAUAGGGGACAAGUCCUACCUCCUUCCUCCACAGCCUGUUAAACAGUUCCUGAUAUCACCGCCUGCGUCUCCCCCAGUUGGAUGGAAACAGAGUGAAGAUGCAACUCCCCUGAUAAACUAUGACUUGCUCUGUGCUGUCUCCAAGUUGGGACCAGGGGAAAAGUAUGAGCUUCAUGCAGGAACAGAAUCGACUCCGAGUGUAGUUGUCCAUGUCUGUGAAAGUGAGACCGAAGAGGAAGAUGAAAUAAAGAAUCCCAAGCAGAAGAUCAUGCAGACAAGGCGCCCAGACCCGCCUGCAACAAUUCUGAAUGAGUCUAAAGCAUUCGAUUGUGCGCUGGAGGUAGGGGGCACUAUGCACUGUUAA